AUGCGAGGAUGGGGGACCUUUCCAGCGGGUCUGAGGUACCCGUCCUUGAUCUCAACUGCUCAUGGCGACUUGCUUGGACAUGGAAAUACUAAACUGGGCUUCCGAUGCCUCUCACGUCAGAGCAACGGUAGUUCCUCUACUUCCCGCUCGCUUUCUCGCCCGCAAGUCGGCCACAACCGAUGCUACCGCGUUCACCGUCCGCAAAUCGCCAGAAGGCAAAUCGCCAGAUGGGAGCCCAGACGAGCCUUCUCUGGCUCACCACGCGCGCAAAUCAUAAUCAUCGACGACGAAGAGGAGCCUGAACCAUCCUCUCCACCACAAAGUGGACAGCGACCUCUGAAUCGAGCCGGCGUCGUAGAUCAAGACAUGAAUGAUCUGAUCCGGACACGAGUACUCAGAGAAAAAGAGCGAGCAAAAGAACGUGCCAACAAGCCUCUCAAUCGCAAAAAGCUCAAGGAGAUUGAAAGUAAAGCCCGGGUGCUGGACGAUACCUAUAAACUGGGUGAUGAGUUUCUACAACUAAAGUACGCUCAUGUUGAGCGUUGCCUCUCAGAGUCUACGAAGGCCAUCAGAGAGGUGGGAUUUCAGUACGACAGCCUCAUCUCUUCAUACGUUUCAUAUUUGGAAGAUUCCUUCCAGCAAAAUUAUCAAAAUUGUCGAUAUCUGGAACACGAGUAUUGCAAGAUUGCAUUCCGUUCAAUUGUCCCUCUAAGGCAGAAACUGUCAUCUUUGGAUAGAAAAAUCCUUAUCCUGCAAAUUGCAGUAUUCUCUCAAUCGGUCGACAUCUCGCAGCAGUUCAUCAAAGAUCUCCACGUCCAUCUUGACACGGAGUAUCUGCAAGCACGCAACUCUGCCCGGUCCCGCAUUGAUCAACUACUCGCCCAUGCAGAGAUCACAGCGGAUCAAUACAAUGAGUUACAGACCAAGGCUACCACCGUGUUAAAUGGGCUAGGCGCAAUCAUGGCGAUCUUGCAUUCACUUAAUAAUCUGAAUUUGCGGACAGAGUCCCUUCACGAACCUUUUCUCCACGCGACCGAAUCAAUUGCCAGUGACUUCUCUUUAUAUUCCCACGAUUACCGCUGGAGAUGGCGCAGGUCGAAGAGACAUAGGAAUCCGCUCGGUGACGCAUUUUUGCACGAGUUUUCAAACCUCCUCGGUUCUGACACACCGUCCACAUCAAGGAUCUUGCCAUCCAAGAUCCUAUCAGCUAUCAUGUUCGAUGACAAAGAGGACCGGAAGAUCAGGGCCAUCUUGGCAAAGCAAUUUCUCCGAGAUGCUGAUCGCCUUCGAAAACCAUAUUUGCAAAAAUGGAAAGGGCCAAAACCGAGCUGGUCCCCCAAAUUGAACAAGUACUGGCGACAACUUGACGCGCUUGCACCCUUCGAUAUUCAGCGCGUGUACGCCACGCAGCUCUCGAAAGAAGUUCUGCUCCUGACCCCGACAAUCCAGGGAGGGUUCGGACCCAUGUGGGAAGGUCUGGAAGAUCAUGAUCGCAGAGCACACCAGGCUUGGCUGGGUGAGUGGUAUGCGCAAAACAGAAAAUACCAGAGAGAGUUCCUAGCAGAUCUGGAAAUUUACAGGUACAUCAACUGGUGCCGACUCGGAGUGGAGAAAAAAUUGGCGAAGCUGGGUGUGCCGAACUUGAUUCAAGCCCAAGGGCUAUUUGUCCCUAACGAGCCGCUAAGUCAAGAUCUUGGGCGCUUCAACCGAUGGGUUCACAAGAUGAUAGAGAUCCGUCAGCAGAGCUGGAUAUCAGAUAUAGCCUUCCGUAUACUGAAAGAGCCCGAUGGCUUGGAGACCUGGUCAGAAAUGACGAAGAAGUUCCAUGAACAGGCGGCCGAAAGAAAAUCUCAGAUCCUGGACCUGGGUACCGUCAGAGUCCGUCGGAGGGGUGUCUCGCAGAGGAAAGCAAAGGUUUCUCGAUUUGCGAAGUUUAAGAAGAACGCGCGACGGAAGCCUGCACGGAGUGUGCGCUCAAAGCCUGCCUCCGAUUUUUGGGCGAGUUCCUCUACGAAAGCUACAACCACUCCUCGCGAGAAGACCAAGGAUGAGCGCUCGUCCAAAUCCUCGAGCACGCCAAAAAAGAAGAAGAAGAAGCAGCCUCAAGAAUCACCAUCUGGCUCGGAAUCGACUCCGCAGAAGAGCUCUAUCUCUUGGAAGCGAAAAGUUGCUCGAAGCAGGCUCAGGCCCACCGCUGUAUGGGAUCUCCUGGGCCAAGAAAAGGAACAAUCGUCUCCUCGGCCAGCUCCCGCGGAUGCGAAAACCCGGUUCCUACAGGCAAUGUCAACGAAAACUGAGUCUGGGUCUCAUCGCACUCCUGAUACGCCCAAAACGACGAAGAGUACUGCGGCACGACAGCCCACACCAAAGCCUCUUCUUUCACGAUCGACGAGGGAUGAUAAGAUGAAACAGGGGCAGCCCCGGAGCUCGGAGAACGCCAAAAAUGAUACAUCCACGAAAAGCAAGCCUUCUACGGUAGGAAAGCCGCUGAAGAACAAUAAGCGCAAUUUCUGGGAUCCAAAUCCCGUUGCCAGUUCUGGUGGUCUUUUCCGAAAGUCCAGUGGAAGAUCCUACAGCACAGGUUCUGCUGUGUCUAGCGACCGUACCCAGGAUUGCAAUCAUACUGGUUUGCCUGGAUCUGCGCCGCGUUUUCCUGUCAGACCUACACUGGACACGGAUAGCGAGCUCCCCAUCUCCGCAGAAGACGCAUAUCACCUCGAGAUUGAGUCUACCUCGAGCGAGGAUGCUCCGCUGUUCUGGAGUCACAGUGAUCAGCGUGCUCCCGGCGGCCAAAGGCCUAUCGUGCAUUACUGUAAAUCCCUCGAGAGCACAGAAUCCGUUGCGCAGCAUUUUCUCAACAACAAGGUCGUCGGCUUCGAUAUGGAAUGGAAAGCGCAGGCUUCUGCCACGGACAGCAUCCAGAAUAACCUGUCGCUCAUCCAGCUCGCGAAUGAAGAGCGUAUUGCCCUCUUCCAGAUCGCGUUGUUCAAGCCGGCCCGCUCGCUAGAGGACUUUGUUGCACCAUCACUCAAGCGUGUCAUCGAGUCGCCUGACAUCACCAAAGUUGGCGUCUCCAUCAAAGCGGAUUCUACCCGACUGCGCAAGUAUCUCGGCAUCGAAGCCCAGUCUAUCUUCGAGCUGAGUCAUCUGUACAAAUUGGUGAAAUACGGGCGGAUGCAGCCUAAGCUUGUUAACAAGAGGAGCGUGAACCUGAGCGAGCAGGUCGAACAGCAUUUGGGGUUACCGCUGGAGAAGAGCGAGGACGUACGGUGUGGCGAUUGGGCUCGAUCGUUGAACUAUCGCCAGGUCCAAUAUGCCGCCACGGAUCCAUAUGCUUGCAUCUGCCUCUUCAAUAUCAUGGAGCAGAAGCGGCAAGCGAUGAACCCUGUGCCCCCUCGUCCUGCACACGCGGAACUCAACUUGCCCAUUAUCUGUCCCGCCGGUGAAGCUGUGAACAUCGAGGAUAAGGAGGUUGUCCCUGGUUUAGUUGAUGGCGAUGUGAUUGACCGCUCAUGA